AUGAAGAUCACGGGCUUUUCCUCGCACGAUGUGCGCUUCCCUACAUCGCUGGACAAUACCGGUUCUGAUGCCAUGAAUCCUGCAACUGACUACUCAGCUGCCUACUGUGUGAUCCAGACUGACUCGGCCCACGCUGGCCAUGGUAUGACUUUUACCAUCGGCCGAGGUAAUGAGAUUGUCUGCGCGGCCAUUGAUGCGCUGGCGCCUCUACUGGUGGGAAAAGAGUUAGACUCUCUAACCGCUGAUUGGGGGAAGACAUGGCGCUACUUGGUAUCUGACAGCCAACUUCGAUGGAUUGGCCCAGAAAAGGGUGUGAUCCAUCUUGCGCUUGGAGCAGUCGUGAAUGCGCUGUGGGAUCUAUGGGCGAAGACGCUCAACAAGCCAGUUUGGAAGGUGGUCGCGGACAUGACACCUGAAGAAUUGGUUCGAUGCAUCGAUUUUAGGUACAUCACUGAUGCGCUCACGCCCGAGGAAGCCAUCCAGUUGCUGCGGGAAGUGGAGCCAGGAAAACAGCUGAGAAUCGAGGAAGCGGAACGCAAUGAAGCAGUUCCGGCCUAUACGACCAGUGCUGGCUGGCUCGGCUACGAUGAGGAGAAGAUGAAGGCCUUGCUUGAGCAGAGCGUCCAGGAUGGGUAUCGUUAUUUCAAACUGAAAGUUGGCGGAAACCUGGACAAGGAUAAACAGCGAUUGACGAUCGCAAGGGAAGCCAUUGGAUACGACAAGGGAAAUGUUUUGAUGGUCGAUGCCAAUCAGGUGUGGUCGGUUCCCGAAGCUAUCUCUCAUAUGAAAGAGCUUGCUCAGUUCAAGCCCUGGUUUAUUGAGGAGCCCACUUCUCCAGACGACAUCCUGGGCCAUGCAGCUAUCCGCAAGGCCCUCCAAGAUACGCCACACGGCGCCAUUGGAGUCGCUACGGGUGAAAUGUGCCAGAACCGUGUCAUGUUUAAGCAAUUCCUCCAGUCUGGCGCCCUGACCGUCCUUCAGCCCGACGCAUGUCGAGUCGGCGGCGUCAACGAGUGUCUAGCCAUCCUCCUGCUCGCCCGCAAAUUCGGUGUCCCCGUCGUCCCCCAUUCAGGAGGCGUCGGACUGCCCGAGUACACCCAGCACCUGAGCACGAUUGACUACGUGGUGAUGACGGGGAAGAAGAGUGUGCUUGAGUAUGUGGACCACUUGCAUGAUCACUUCGAAUGUCCGGCUAGGGUGCAGAACGGGUAUUACGUUACACCCAUGGAGCCUGGGUACAGCGUGCAGAUGAAGGCGCGUAGCAUGGAAGAGUACUCGUUCCCUGGAGAAGAAGGGAAGAGUUGGUGGAGAUCUGAAGAGGCAAAGCCAGUCCUCCAGCGUGCCCGUGUGGCCUGA